AUGAUGUCCAUGAACAGCAAGCAGCCUCACUUUGCCAUGCAUCCCACCCUCCCUGAGCACAAGUACCCGUCACUGCACUCCAGCUCCGAGGCCAUCCGGCGGGCCUGCCUGCCCACGCCGCCGCUACAGAGCAACCUCUUCGCCAGCCUAGACGAAACGCUGCUGGCGCGGGCCGAGGCGCUGGCGGCGGUGGACAUCGCCGUGUCCCAGGGCAAGAGCCACCCGUUCAAGCCGGACGCCACGUACCACACGAUGAACAGCGUGCCAUGCACGUCCACGUCCACCGUGCCGCUGGCGCAUCACCACCACCACCACCAUCACCACCAGGCGCUCGAGCCCGGUGACCUGCUGGACCACAUCUCGUCGCCCUCGCUCGCGCUCAUGGCCGGCGCGGGCGGCGCGGGCGCGGCGGGCGGCGGCGGCGGCGCCCACGACGGCCCGGGGGGCGGAGGCGGCCCGGGGGGCGGCGGCGGCCCAGGCGGUGGCGGCCCCGGGGGCGGCGGCGGCCCGGGCGGCGGCGGCCCGGGGGGCGGCGGCGGGGGCCCGGGCGGCGGGCUGCUGGGCGGCUCGGCGCAUCCGCAUCCGCACAUGCACGGCCUGGGCCACCUGUCGCACCCGGCGGCGGCGGCCGCCAUGAACAUGCCGUCGGGGCUGCCGCACCCCGGGCUGGUGGCGGCGGCGGCGCACCACGGCGCGGCAGCGGCGGCGGCGGCGGCGGCGGCGGCCGGGCAGGUGGCGGCGGCGUCGGCGGCGGCGGCCGUGGUGGGCGCGGCGGGCCUGGCGUCCAUCUGCGACUCGGACACGGACCCGCGCGAGCUCGAGGCGUUCGCCGAGCGCUUCAAGCAGCGGCGCAUCAAGCUGGGUGUGACGCAGGCCGACGUGGGCUCGGCGCUGGCCAACCUCAAGAUCCCGGGCGUGGGCUCGCUCAGCCAGAGCACCAUCUGCAGGUUCGAGUCGCUCACGCUCUCGCACAACAACAUGAUUGCGCUCAAGCCCAUCCUGCAGGCGUGGCUGGAGGAAGCCGAGGGCGCGCAGCGCGAGAAAAUGAACAAGCCCGAGCUCUUCAACGGUGGCGAGAAGAAGCGCAAGCGGACUUCCAUCGCCGCGCCCGAGAAGCGCUCGCUCGAGGCCUACUUCGCCGUACAGCCCCGGCCCUCGUCCGAGAAGAUCGCCGCCAUCGCCGAGAAACUGGACCUCAAAAAGAACGUGGUGCGGGUGUGGUUUUGCAACCAGAGACAGAAGCAGAAGCGGAUGAAAUUCUCCGCCACUUACUGA